UGUGGAUUAAGAAUAGAGAGAGAAACUAGCUAAGUAGAGUCUGAGGCCUGACAAGGCAACCGCGCAUCGCUAAGACUACUGCCGAUUUCGCUCCUUCCACGGCCUCAAAGGCAUCACACACAAUUCCCAGAUCCGCCAUCCCCGCACCAAUUCAACAGUACGCCAAGAGUCUAGUUCGCCAUCGACGAACCUUCUUCUCACGGCAGCCUUUGUAUAUCUCUGGGACGAUCGUCACGAGGGCAAAUGACUACUCCAAUGUCGGAUCUACCAGCCGACGAGAACACCGGCUUGGUCGCCCUUCCGGAACCCUUCUGGCUCCAUCUCUCCCGCACAAUAAGGAGGACACUUUUCAGCAGCUACACGAAUGUGCUCUUGGUCUUCGUGCCAAUUGGCAUAGCUGCUGGGACUUUCGGCUGGCCUGCCGAAGCAGUCUUCGCUCUCAAUUUUUUGGCUAUAAUUCCGCUGGCACCCUUGAUAACAUUUUCCAUCGACGAACUAUCGCCAAGUGUAGGGCACGCAUUUGGAGAACUCAUAAAGCCAACUUCGAGCAAUGCUGUUGAGAUGAUCGUUAGCAUUGUUGCUGUGAGCCGCGGACAGCCCCUGGUUGCUCGGUCGAGUUUGCUAGGGAGCAUUCUAGCUUACGCUCUUUUGGUUCUGGGCAGCAGCUUUUUCAUAGCCGGUUACGACAAAAAGAAGCUCACGUUCGAAAAAAAUAUGACGAACACCCUGUCAUCUUUGAUGAUGGCUGUAUCUUUCUCUCUGAUUGUUCCAACAAUCAUGUCUAUUACCUCCGAUGGUCCCGAGUCCCAACCCGACAGCGACGCUCGAAUCCUCUCUCAUGCCAUCUCUAUCAUGCUGCUCGUCAUCUUCGUCAUAUACCUCAAUUUUCGAGCAUGGUUCCUAGACCUAAACGCUCAAAACGACCACGAUUCCACACACGAAAACCACCAAAGCGUUCCUAGAGCGGAUUCGACAUUUGCCCUUGGCCUCUACACUACCAGCUGCAUUCUGCUCUGUACCAUACUGUGUGCUAUUCUAUGCGCCUUCCACCUCGUCGGGAGUAUUGACGGCUUGGCCCAAGCCCUAGAUAUGAACGAAACAUUCAUCAGCUUAGUCCUCAUACCUCCCAUCAGCUAUUCUGCCAAGUGUGUCACUGUAACAGCCAUGGCUAGAAAUUGCCAGAUGGACCUUGUUAUGAGAUCCAUUAUCCACAGUAUUCUGCAAAUCACAAUGCUCAUCAUUCCUCUCGUAGUUCUCCUUGGCUGGCUUUUUAAGAAACCCCUUACCCUUGAUUUUAACCUUUUUGAGGCAACGGUUUUCCUUCUAACUUUGAUUGUAAUGAGUUCUACAAUGCAGGAUGGGAAGUCUAAUUAUUUUAGCGGGAUUAUGUUGAUAGGAAUGUAUAUCCUGAUCGCUGUUGCAUUUUACGUGCGUCCUGACGUCUGGGAAAGUUUCAUUCUACCGGGUCUGGACGGAAGGAAGGUUGUCUAAUUAUUUGCGGUUGGCAAUGCUAUUAGUGCCUGAGUUUGGUGGGUGCGAAUUUUUCAAGGCAGCCCCCUAUGUUCUACUUGAAUCACGACGAAUUACCUCCAUCACAUCCGCAUCAUGCUACCUGUAUUGUGAGGAAAUCGAUAUCAGUUCGUAGAGAUGAUCACGAGAAGAAUGAUAGCGAAGAACCAAUGAAUUAACGAAUUAACCACUGUACACAAGCAAGAG